UAGUUCUUCUAGAGUCUAUAGAAGGGUAGAAGGGUCAUUCACGGUCAUAUGGAAAGAGAAGGUGCCAAGGGUCUGAGGCUGAGGAGCCCCUCAUCUAGUCUGAAAAGCAAGGAGGUGGUGAUGAAUGGGGCACUUGCUGCUGGAACUCUGGAGCCCUGGGCUUUGGUCUCCACGCACCCCAUUGCUCUUCCCCUGCAGAAUGGAGGAGAGGAACUAACUUGUAUUUCCUUUCCCGUGCCACUGGAUCUUUAACAAACAUACCUUCCUGCCUCUGGGGUAGCAGUCCCCUUUGUCGAUUGAAGAGAGACGUAAGAUGUCUUGCAGGUUGAUUCCUAAUACCACCCUGCUCUUUCUUACCAAGUGUGGGGGCUUCAGAUCUCAGUUUCUCUGUCCCCAGUGUCUCUGGGAAUGGAGAAGUGGGUAUAGUUUCCCUGGAGAGACUCUUACCAUAGCAAGUGGUGGGAAAAGAAUCUCUGAAGACUCCAGGGCAGCUUAGCUCCCAGUAUGCAUGCUUGCCAGCUCCCAAGGUGACAUCAUUGGCCAGUCAGUAUCAGGAUACCUUCUCCUCUGCUAAAGACACUUCCUUUCUAGAGUUCCGGUUCUGAACCCUUGUCUUGAGGGUGCCCACACCAAUCCAGCUCCUUCCCUUGGCCCUGAAAGCUUUGGAAAUUGGCGGUAGGAGGAGGAAGAAGUAUCCCAGAAUCAGGCCUGAGGGAGGGAGGAGCAUUUUCCUUACCUGAGGGUGCCCGCCUUUGCCCUUGUUUGCUCUGAGAUAGGCAGUUUCUCUCCUGCCCAACACAAGGCGGCUGCCCUUCGGGCUUUCCUAGACCUAGCGCUCUUACGCCCUCCAGACCGACAGACAGGACGUCAGGACCAGGAGACCCUGAUGGCCAUGGCUUGGGCCCUGGUGGGGGCUUUCCUCUGCUGGUCCUGUCUGGGCCUGAGUGGGCUAGCUGUGGAGGUGACUGUGCCCACUGAGCCACUGAGCAUGCCAAUGGGCAAGAUGGCCACGCUGAGCUGCAGCUACAGCACGUCUGUGGGUGACAACUUUGCCUUGGAGUGGAGCUUUGUGCAGCCUGGGAAGCCCAUCUCUUCAUCUGCUCCUAUUCUCUAUUUCACCAAUGGCCAUCUGUAUCCCACUGGCUCUAAAGCAGACCGGGCCAGCCUUCUCCACAACCCGCCCACAGGAGGAGUGGCUACGCUGAAACUGACUGACCUCCGCCCCUCAGACACUGGAACCUACCUCUGCAAUGUUAACAACCCACCAGAUUUCUACACCAAUGGGUUGGGCAUAAUCAACCUUACUGUGCUGGUGCCCCCCAGUCACCCCAUAUGCAGCCGGAGUGGGCAAACCUCUGUGGGAGGUUCUGCUGCACUGAGAUGCAGCUCUUCUCAGGGAGCACCCAAACCAGUGUACAACUGGGUCCGUCUCGGAUCUUCUCCUACACCUCCUCCUGGGAGCAUGGUUCAAGAUGAAGUGUCUGGCCAGCUCAUUCUCACCAAUCUCUCCCUGACCUCCUCCGGCACCUACCAAUGUGUGGCCAGCAACCAGAUGGGCAGUGCCUCCUGUGAGCUGAUCCUCUCUGUGACUGACUCAUCGGAAGGCCGAGUGGCUGGGACUCUGAUUGGGGUGCUCCUGGGUGUGCUGCUGCUGUCAGUCACCGCAUUCUGCCUGAUCAGAUUCCAGAAAGAGAGGAAAAAGGAGCCCAAGGAGACGUACGGGGGUAGCGACCUUCGGGAGGAUGCCACCGCCCCUGGGGUUUCUGAACAAGCUUCUCUGCGGGCCAGUUAUAGCAAAGGCCUCCUGGAGAAGUCCCCACCCGCCAGCACGGUGACGACCACCAAGUCCAAACUCUCAAUGGUUGUCUGACUUCUGAUCCCUGAGGGUAGUGAGGGGGAAUGCUCGUAAUAAAAGCCUUUAGGUAC